AGGCGGCAUACUGAGGGAGAGGUAAUACGUAAGAUAUAUAUAAAUGAAACACUGUGAAUAAUAAUAUUACAAGAUAAAUACAUAUCUCUCAUUCUAAAUUAACACAAGCUGAGCUUACGCGUCAUCAAAGGCUUGAUAGGUAACGACCAUCAUGACGGCGGCAACGACAGAAGUAAAGCCAGCUGGUGGCAUACAGAAUUAUUAUACGUCUAAGAUUGAAGAAGCAGAAUUAGCUAUACAUGCUCGUACGCAAAACCUUCGUAGAUUGGAAGCACAACGAAAUGCUUUGAAUACCAAAGUGCGGUUACUUAGAGAGGAAUUACAAUUACUUCAAGAACCAGGCAGUUACGUUGGUGAAGUCGUAAAAGUUAUGGGCAAAACAAAAGUAUUAGUUAAAGUACAACCAGAAGGUAAAUUUAUCGUAGAUUUCGCACAAGAUAUCAAGAUAGACGAUUUGAAGCCUUCAUUGAGAGUUGCACUUAGAUCAGAUUCCUACACCUUACACAAGAUAUUACCAAACAAAGUUGACCCACUCGUUAGUCUAAUGAUGGUUGAGAAAGUCCCUGAUUCAACUUAUGAGAACGUCGGUGGUUUGGACAAGCAAAUUAAGGAAAUUAAGGAAGUUAUUGAAUUACCAGUUAAACACCCAGAAUUGUUCGAGAGUCUCGGUAUUGCUCAACCUAAAGGUGUACUUUUAUACGGUCCACCUGGUACAGGUAAAACGCUCUUGGCUAGAGCUGUAGCUCAUCACACAGAUUGCGCUUUCAUUAGAGUGUCUGGUUCUGAGUUAGUACAAAAAUAUAUUGGUGAGGGUUCAAGAAUGGUUAGAGAACUUUUCGUUAUGGCUAGAGAUCAUGCACCUUCAAUUAUUUUCAUGGAUGAAAUUGAUUCAAUUGGUUCAUCAAGAGGUGAAUCAGGUUCAGGCGGUGGUGACUCUGAAGUACAAAGAACAAUGUUAGAAUUACUUAAUCAAUUGGAUGGAUUCGAAUCAUCAAAGAAUAUUAAAGUUAUUAUGGCAACUAACCGUAUAGACAUUUUGGAUAGUGCAUUAUUAAGACCAGGUAGAAUUGAUAGGAAGAUUGAAUUCCCUCCUCCAGGUCCAGAAGCUAGAAUUUCUAUCCUUAAGAUCCACUCAAGAAAGAUGUCUUUACAGCGUGGAAUUGACUUUAAAUCACUCGCAGAGAAAAUGGGUAACUGCUCUGGUGCAGAAGUUAAAGGUAUCUGUACUGAAGCUGGUAUGUAUGCUUUGAGAGAACGCCGUCAACACGUCAGUAAUGAAGACUUUGAAUUGGCUGUUUCGAAGGUAUUGAAGAGAGCUGCUGAAACUAACACAUCUUCAAACAAGUUGUUCACUUAAGUUGUUUUGAAAUAAAUAAAUAAAUUUAAAUUUUA